GAUUGUAAAUAAAAUUGGUCGUCUACGCAACACGGUUUGUGUCUGACAGUCUGUGGCACCGGUAGCCAUCUUUCUUUCGCAUCUGCCAAAUCUGCGUGAUUCUUGUUUCACAGUGAUUUUAUUAUCACCAAAAUGCAGAACGACGCUGGUGAAUUUGUUGACCUUUACUGCCCAAGGAAAUGCUCCGCGAGCAACCGUCUGAUCCACGCCAAGGACCACGCGUCCGUGCAGCUGGUGAUCGCUGACGUGGACCCCGCCACCGGCCGCGCCGCCGACUCCUCCAAGAUGUAUGUGGUGUGCGGAGCCAUCCGCCGUAUGGGAGAGAGUGAUGACUGCAUCGUCAGGCUCACCAAGAAGGACGGUAUUUUGGUUAAGAACUACUGAUGCAGUUAGUGAUAUAAGUACACCAAAAAUUUAUAAAAAAUAAAAAAAUCAUAAAACUUCAA